GUCGUUGCACUCCGGAACCUUUUCAAUGAGAAACCCCGGUCUCUUCUAGAAGACGUUCUUAACGGUCAAGUGGUCCAGGAGGUUUUUCAUUCUUUUACCUUAAAUUCUUGAGAAAUGACGCUUUUUCAUUUCGGGAAUUGUUUUGCCCUGGCUUAUUUUCCUUACUUCAUAACCUACAAAUGCAGUGGACUAUCAGAAUACAAUGCAUUCUGGAGAUGUGUCCAAGCAGGAGCCACGUACCUGUUUGUCCAACUAUGCAAGAUGCUGUUCCUUGCUACGUUUUUUCCUACCUGGGAAGGCGGUGCUGGUGUAUAUGAUUUUGUCGGGGAAUUCAUGAAGGCCACAGUGGACAUGGCAGAUCUUCUAGGGCUUCAUCUUGUCAUGUCCAGAAAUGCUGGGAAGGGAGAGUAUAAAAUAAUGGUGGCUGCAAUGGGCUGGGCCACUGCUGAACUGGUUAUGUCAAGGUGUAUUCCUUUAUGGGUUGGAGCUCGAGGGAUUGAGUUUGAUUGGAAAUACAUCCAAAUGAGCUUUGAUUCCAACAUCAGUUUGGUUCACUACAUCGCCAUGGCAGCAGUGGUGUGGAUGUUCACGCGCUACGACUUGCCUAAAAGUUUCCGCUUGCCCGUGACUGUGCUGCUGGGGCUUUGUGUGUACAAGGCGUUUUUAAUGGAGUUGUUUGUCCACAUGUUCCUCCUGGGCAGCUGGACGGCUCUGUUGGUCAAAGCAGUGUUAACGGGUGCCAUCUCCCUCUGCUCCCUCUUCCUUUUCAUCACACUGGUUCACAGCAACUGAGGAUUUUCCUCUGUCGCCACUCAUUCAUGUGUUUUGUAAGAAAACUCCACACUUGUGUUGUCUGUUGAAGGUGCCAGCGAGCCGAUGUCACUGAUGUCUGUAGAAUUUUUAUAUGUCUUUAUAAUUAAUUAAAAUAUACAUAAAUCCCUGA